UCAUCUUGCAGCAGCACAGGCAGUCAGUGCCUGGUAGCGAUUUAGACGAGGGCGUAUGGACUUGAGGCAGCAGUGAAUGCAUUUCCCACAGACUGUGGUCGUACUUUUCUCCUCUCGUACGGAUUACCACCGAGUUCACACAUCGCCUAAACGCCGUAUCGCAUUUUUUCCGCUGCAUUUCUCCAUCUGAAGGCCUGUCACAGAGUAAAGUGGCUCGGUGUGCGUGUGUUUAGACAGCGGAGCGAGAGCAGCAGCGUUUCCCCGAUGGCUGGCUGGAAGGACGGCUCAGUGCAGGAGAAAUAUCGCCUGGUGGUCGUCGGAGGUGGAGGCGUCGGAAAAUCAGCACUAACCAUCCAGUUUAUCCAGUCAUACUUCGUCACUGACUAUGACCCUACGAUUGAAGACUCCUACACAAAGCAGUGUGUGAUUGACGAGAGGCCCGCACGCCUGGACAUCCUGGAUACAGCAGGACAGGAAGAGUUUGGAGCCAUGAGAGAACAAUACAUGAGGACAGGGGAGGGCUUCCUUCUCGUCUUCUCUGUCACCGACCGGGGAAGCUUUGAAGAGAUCUACAAGUUCCAGCGACAGAUCUUGAGAGUGAAGGACCGAGAUGAAUUUCCCAUGAUUCUAGUGGGUAACAAAGCUGAUCUUGAGCAACAGAGACAAGUGACCCAGGAGGAGGGUCAGCAGCUCGCCCGACAACUCAAAGUCACGUACAUGGAGGCCUCAGCUAAGAUCCGUAUGAAUGUAGACCAGGCUUUCCACGAGCUGGUCCGAGUCAUAAGGAAGUUCCAGGAGCAAGAGUGCCCACCCUCGCCGGAGCCCACGCGCAAAGAGAAGGAUAAGAGCGGCUGCCAUUGUGUGAUUGUCUAAUUGGCCUUUCACUGCCGCCACUCACCCAGCUGCUGUCACCGGUCCCUGCCCCCCACCCUGCCUUCUGACAUCACGUCCCGUGCGGAUGAAUUCGCUGCCUUUCUACAUGUGCAUGUCUUCAAAACAGCAGUCUCUCUCAUAGCCUUAUCAGGGGCGUUUGUGCCUCUAGGACUUCACUACUAGAAGAACCAAACUGACAAAAUCUUGAUCGAACUCACAAUUCUACCUUCAGCUAGAGUACUGACAUCAGUGUGACCUAGAAUAUGGUAAUCGCGCCCCAACACUAAACAUCGCUUCUUACAAAUUUGCUAUAAAAAACACACACACACACACACACACGCGCGCGCGCACGGUUCCUCUUUUUUGUAUUUUGAAGGAUUUUUUUCUCUUGCCUUGUGACAUUUGUACGUUUGCUGAGAUGGAAAGACUAAACGAAACGCCAUUGAGAUCGCAGACGAGAUUUAGAUUGAGGUGAUGUUCUGAAGCUUUGCGUGUGUGUGUGUGUGUGUGUGUGUGUGUGUGUGUUGUGCCAUAUCUGUUUUUACUUCCAUAUGCUAAGCAGCGAUUGUACAUAAGUGAAGAUUCGUGUGAGUUGAGACCAUCUUUAUAAUGAGUACCGUGUGUGAGGUUGACGAGCUUGUUUUGACACGCAUUAAAACAAUAAUGUCUUCGCAGAUAUGUACAUAGAUAGCCUCUAACAUUAUGCCAAUUCUGUCAGCAGUGAAGUCAGUUUCCCAACUUCUUGUUUGGUCAAGAUGUCUUUUUUUUUUUGUUUUGCAUCCGUAAGGCUCCUUGGCAUGUAUGGGUUUGAUUCUUUUAAAGGGAUAGUUCACCUAAAAAUGAGAAAUGCUUUACUCCUCCUCAUCCGUUCCAAACCUGUUCCAAAUCGAAACUUUUUGUCUGUUUUUUUAUUAUUUUAUUAUUAUUAUUAAUUGUAUUUAUUUGAUUUUAUAGUUACCCACUUGAAAUGUUUAUCCAGUAAAAAAAACGAUGCAUUUGUUAAAGAAACGUUUUAAUGUCUCCACAAAAUAACUGUUGUUUUAUGUUUAAAAGCAAAGAAAUGAAGACUGUUUCUAAUACUAUUAUUAUUACAUUCAUUAUCAAUAAACUCUUAUUUUACAGUACAGUGGUAAAAUAUUUGUACUUUAAUUUCAUGUUGAUCAUUUGAAAAUGAUAACAAAAUAAUAUUUUCAAAUAUUAUUAUUAUUAUACAGUCAUAUUGAAUAGGGAAACGUCACCAGGAUCUGUUGUUGUUUUAGGCCCCAUUGCUUUUCAUACAUUUUUUUAUUGGUAACAUUUUACAAUAAGGUGUCAUCUGUUACCAUUAGUUAAUGUAUUAACAUGAACGAACAAUGAACAAUACAUUUAUUACAGUAUUUAUUAAUCUUUAAUAAUGUUAGUUAAUGAAAAUAAUACAAUCAUUCAUCGUCAGUUUAUGUUCACAGUGCAUUAACUAAUGUUAGCAACCAACUUGUGAUUUUAAUAAUGCAUUGGUAAAUGCUGAUAUUAGCAUUAACUACGAUUAAUAAAUGUUGUAAGAGUACUGUUCAUUCUUAGUACGUGUUAACCAAUCAGCCUUAAUGUAAAGUGUUACCCACAUAUUUCUUUUAAGUCUGUUAGUGUUUGAUAGAAAGUAAGUCCUGCAGGUUUGGAAGGAUGAGGGAAGCUUCAUCUUUAGCUGAACUUUCCCUUUCCGUUCUGUGAUUGUGAAACGUAUUCUACACGGAGCCUUCUUGACUCUCGGCUCAGAUUUCUACAGACUUCUCUUCAGACUCAGGUUUCUCCAUUUCCACUGUUUUCACAAUGUUCUGACGAUGUCUGCUCAUUCAGUGGUGCACAAUAGGCUGUCUGUUCUCUACUAGGUACCCCACCGAGAUCGAUGACGCAGAGAAUUAGUCUCUCAAAUAAUUGUCUCUUUUCCUGGCCUCGUAUUUUGGUUUUUCUAUGCGUUCGGAAAUGUAUUUAAACGACCGAAACAGCGCGAGGACUCCGUUGGAACUGCUGACAUCACAGGCAUCUUUUAAGCGUCUUUUCAUGUAUGUGAUCAGAUAAAACGUUUUUUUUAGAUUACACAAAAGACAGAAUUCACACACCAGGCAUCCACAUUCCCUCAAGACUGCUUUUUUCUUAUUAUUUUUUUGACAUCUCUGUGACCUUCACACUUCAGUCUGGUAUUUCUCAUUUGACAGGUGAUCAUUUGCUUCCUGGCUUCAUACACCAAGGGUUCAUAUCACUAUUGCAUCACGUCACGUUUUAUUUUCGUCUUUUUUCUUUUUCUUUUUUUUCCCCCCCAGCGUGCGUUUCUGUAUGAGGGAUACAAAAAAAAAAAAAAAAGAUUUUAGUUUUUGUGUUUUAUCAUUAUGUAAUAUAAGAAAAAAGAUGGAAGUGAUCUUUUGAAUGGACAUGAUUAAAUGUUUUUACUAUAUACUUUUAUACAUUAUUUUCUUAUCAGACUAGUUAAUGAGUAUUUUUAUAUGUUUGUAAGUGAAAACGCUCUCGCGGCACAACUAUGUGUAUAUGUAAAGAGGAGUAUUUAAUUAUCUCGGUUUGCUUUUAACUGAAAAAGGCCAAUGUUGAACUGUGGUCCUUUCGGUGGAACUGAAGCCGAUAACCCAUCCAAACAGUCGUCCACCUCAUAGCCUACAACAACUUUAUCAGUGAUCACUGGGCCGAUCGCUCGGGUUCGUAUCCUAACCUAAACUUUGUCCGUUAACACCAGUUGACAGCAACAUGGAUCAAAUCGAAAGCUAGUAAGAACAGAAGUGCAUGGCUCUUCUUCUUCUUCUUCUUCUGCCCGGAGUCUGUGUACAUCUAAUACAUACUGUGUUUAAUUUGUCACAUCUUUCCCUCCCCCUUGUAUAGCCUCUGGUGCUAUAAUAAAAUCUAUGAUUUAUCUGUGA